ACUGAGACACGCAUGCGCACAUGCAGAGAAAGGAAAAAAAGGAUUUCUAAUCGAUAGCUGAGUGAAUCAACGCCGCCUCCCAUCACAGCAGCUCUUGCCAUGGCAGACAAAUUAAACGCACAGAAAAGUGUCAAAAUAGCUGCUGGGGCUGUAGUCUGUGUUGAAAGCGAGAUCAGAGGAGAUGUUACCAUUGGCCCCAGAACAGUGGUUCACCCUAAAGCUCGGAUUAUAGCAGAGGCAGGACCUAUUGUAAUUGGAGAAGGCAACCUUAUUGAAGAACAAGCUCUGAUCAUUAACAGUUAUCCAGAAAACAUCACACCGGAUUCUGAAGUGGAGCCAAAGACCAUGACCAUUGGCACAAACAACGUGUUUGAAGUCGGCUGCAUAUCGCAAGCCUUGAAAAUUGGCGACAACAAUGUAAUUGAAUCUAAAGCCGAUGUUGGCAGGAAUGUAAUCCUCACCAGUGGCUGUAUCGUUGGAGCCUUCUGUCAGGUCAACACCUGUGAGGUCAUACCUGAGAACACGGUCAUCUAUGGCUCUGGAUGUAUGAGGAGAGUUCAAACAGAGAGACCACAGCCCCAGACCCUCCAACUUGACUUCCUGAUGAAAAUUUUGCCUAACUACCACCAUUUGAAGAAAACCAUUAAAGCAAGCCACACUACCAGUUAAAUGCAGCAGUACACGUCAAGUCAAAUUGCUUUGUUUGAAGAGAAUACAAAUGUUAAUAAGUUAUGAAACCCAUCAAGAAUUUUGUCCUUUUUAAAUUUUCUACUCUACAACAGUAGAUCAAACAUUUCCUGUUGCAUACUUGCUAGAUGGAUCUUUUCUAUGUUAAAUUGACCAAUUACUGUCACAGUUUUAAAACUAUAUUGUGUAACAAUGAAAUUUAUUAAAAUAAGUUCAGAAGUCUUGUA